AUGGGCCCUACUGCAGCAGCAGCAGCAGCAGCACGACAGCAGCAGUUCCAGAGCCCGCCCUCUUAUCAGGAGGAGGAGGAGGAACUGCCGCCCUUCGUCGAGGAGACCGUUCAGCCGGUGAAUGGCAUCGUGCAGCCGCCCUUUGUGCCGCCACCACAUAAGCCCCAUCGAAACACCAACAAGCUGCAGUUCAUCCUGCGCAUUCUGAAUCGGAACAUACUGAAGCACCAGUACGCGUGGCCUUUCCAGUCGCCGGUGGACGCGAUAAAGCUCGCCCUUCCCGACUACUACAAGAUCAUCACCAGGCCGAUGGACCUGGGGACGAUCAAGAAGCGGCUCGAGAACUACUGGUACUACUCGGCGCAGGAGUGCAUCGACGACUUCAAGCUGAUGUUCGAUAACUGUAACCGCUACAACAAACCGGGAGAAGAUGUGGUGUUCAUGUGCAAGCAACUUCACGAUCUGUUUAAUCAGAAGAUCAACUCCGACGGUAUGCCCGAGGAGGAGAUCGAGAUUCCAAUACCGAACCGGGGCGGCAAGGGAAAGGGCAAAGGCAAGGCGAAGGGUGGCCGUGGCAGAGAUCAGCAAGCAGUGAACAAGCCGCCUGCCAUCAUGCAACAACCCUCACCAGCUUUAACCAAUUCGAAAUACCAUAUCCCCGCGUCUGUGAUCGCCUCUCAACCGGCUCCUAAUGCCUCCAAAAAGGGCAUCAAAAGAAAGGCGGACACGACGACGCUAGAACCACCGAACUAUGCGGCCGAGGCGCUGCCCGGCCACCCUGCUGGCGGCAUGAUCGCCAAUGACGACGUCAAGCCAACUAAAAUGUCGACUCGGCGUGAGAGUGGCCGGCCCAUUAAGAAGCCCUCCAAAGAGCUGCCGAACUUGAACCUGCCAGGCGCUCCAAUUCUCAAAAAGUCAUCCUCAAAGAAGGGCAAAAUGUCCGAGCGAAUGAAGUACUGUGCCGGCAUUCUGAAGGACCUGUUCACGAAGAAGCACGCCGACUACGCCUGGCCCUUCUACAAGCCGGUCGACGUGGAGGGACUACAUCUGGACGACUACUUUGACGUCAUCAAGAAGCCGAUGGACCUGGGCACGGCCAAGGCCAAGAUGGAAAACCGAGAGUACAGGAAGGCGGAAGAUUUUGCCGCUGAUAUUCGCCUCAUCUUCACCAAUUGCUACAAGUACAAUCCGCCGGAUCACGAGAUUGUCCACAUGGGAAGGAAACUUCAGGACGUUUUCGAAAUUAAGUACGCCAAGAUGCCCGACAGUAGCGAGAACAGCGAAGACUCCGACAACUCUGGCUUUGUAGCGGAGAGCGAGCCAGCCAACUCGGACUCUUCGGAAAGUGGCUCCGAGAGCGGCUCUGACAGUGAGGCGGAGAAGGAACGUGAUCGGAAGAUUCAGAGCCUGCAGGAGCAGCUGAAGGAGAUGCAGAAGCAGCUGGCAGAGCUGCAGAGCGCCAAGAAGACCAGCCAGGGACGGAAGGAGAGGCGGCGAAGGCGCAAGUCGACGCGGAAGCGCGAGCUCCUCGAGCGAUCCUCCAAGAGCAAUCACGUGAAGGACGAGCGGUCCUUUGAGGCGCAGCUCGAUGUGGCCGGUCCCUCUGGUGUGGGCGGUCAAAUGGCCCCAGCAGGAGGCGGUGGUGGCUUCCUCAACAAUGAGAUAUCUUUGAUAGGAGGGGCGGCGAAUGCAGCGGCGG